GGCGGGGCAUUGCGGCCGGACCAGGGUGGCUUGACCGGAGAGUCCACCAUGCAGGAGCCCCUGCUGGGAGCCGAAGGUCCGGGCUAUGACACCUUCCCCGAGGAGCCACCCCCGGCGCCGGGGGGUAGGGCGCCAGUCCGGACCCUGCAGAACAAGAAAGUGUUCCUGGCCACCUUCGCCGCCGUGCUGGGCAAUUUCAGCUUUGGGUAUGCCCUGGUCUACACAUCGCCGGUCAUACCGGCCCUGGAGCAUGCCUCAGAUCCAGACCUGCGCCUGACCAAAUCUCAGGCCUCCUGGUUUGGGUCCGUGUUCACCUUGGGCGCCGCAGCUGGGGGCCUCAGUGCCAUGGUCCUCAACGAUCUCCUGGGCAGGAAGCUCAGCAUCAUGCUAUCGGCUGUACCCUCGGCAGCCGGCUACGCGCUCAUGGCGGGCGCCCAUGGCUUUUGGAUGCUGCUGCUGGGAAGGAUGUUGACGGGCUUCGCCGGGGGGCUCACGGCCGCCUGCAUCCCGGUCUACGUGUCUGAGAUUUCUCCUCCCAGAGUUCGAGGAGCCCUGGGGGCCACACCCCAGCUCAUGGCAGUGUUUGGAUCCCUGUCACUCUACGCCCUUGGCCUGCGGCUACCGUGGCGUUGGCUGGCCGUGGCCGGCGAGGUGCCUGUCCUUGUUAUGAUCCUGUUGCUCAGCUUCAUGCCCAACUCCCCGCGCUUCCUGCUCUCGCGGGGCAGAGAUGAGGAGGCCUUGCAGGCAUUGGCCUGGCUUCGCGGGCCCCAGGCCGAUAUCCGCUGGGAGUUCGAGCAGAUCCAGGACAACGUCCAGAGACAGAGCAGCCGCGUGUCGUGGGCCGAGGCCCGGGACCCCCAAGUGUACCGGCCCAUUGUCAUCGCCUUGCUGAUGCGUUUCCUGCAGCAGCUGACAGGCAUCACCCCUAUCCUGGUCUACCUGCAGCCCAUCUUCGCCAGAACCGCUGUCCUGCUGCCCCCAGAGGAUGACGCAGCCAUUGUGGGGGCCGUGAGGCUCUUCUCUGUACUGAUUGCUGCCCUCGCCAUGGACCUUGCGGGCCGAAAGGUCUUGCUCUUCGUCUCAGCAUCCAUCAUGUUUGCUGCCAACCUGACGCUGGGACUGUACAUCCACUUGGGCCCGAGGCCGCUGACGCCCAAUGGCACCAUGGGCCUUGAGAGCACACCCCUUGGGGACACUGAGCAGCCCCUGGCCUCACCCACCAGCUACCUCACUCUGGUGCCCCUGCUGGCCACCAUGUUUUUCAUCAUGGGCUAUGCCAUGGGCUGGGGACCCAUCACCUGGCUCCUCAUGUCGGAGAUCCUGCCCCUGCGCGCCCGUGGUGUGGCCUCGGGGCUCUGCGUGGUGGCCAGCUGGCUCACAGCCUUCGCCCUCACCAAGUCCUUCCUGCCUGUGGUGAACACCUUCGGCCUGCAGGUGCCUUUCUUCUUCUUUGCUGCUGUUUGCCUCACGAACCUGGUGUUCACAGGCUGCUGUGUGCCCGAGACCAAAGGCCGGUCACUGGAGCAGAUCGAGUCCUUCUUCCGCACACGGAGAAGGUCCUUCCUGCCCUAGGUCAGGUGCGUGCCUGGGAGUGGCAACACCAGUCAGCCGGCCAACCAUGGCAUUGCCCACAACCCGCACCCAGGUCCACGAGGCCACAGUAGAACACAGGAGGGGUGGCCAGAGCACACAGGGCCCCACCAAACCCACUUUCUGGCCAGGCAGGCAGGACCACUGUCUGCCUCAGCCCCAGCUCAGGCGGCUGUGGUGGUGGGCACACAAGCAAGACUGUGGGGAUGCGGCAGCCACAGGCUCGUAACGCUCACUGGUGUCCAGGGACCAGGCCCCCUGGGUGACCUCAGGCCUUGCUCCUUGUGUGUGGAGACCACGCCCCUUCCCAGCCCAACAGCGUCCGCAGUGAGACCGAAGGAGCACAGGGCUGGAGGUGUAGCAGCUGCGCCAUCAUGCUGCCCUGGUCCUGACCCUCACCACCACCACCACGCACCUCGGCUAUGGGGAGGAUGGCUGGGGUCUGCAGCCCCAAGGGCCUGGUGGACACCACAGGGAUGGACCCAACUCCCAGAGGCCAGGUCAUAGGACCCAAGCUCAGCCACUUCCUCCCGCAACAGCCAGCCUCUGGGCCAGGGGCGCUCUGCUGUUCCUGUUUGCAGAUUGUGGUCACCCAGUUUAUGAAAUAAAGAACCUGGGCCUGAGGGCAGCCCUCUGGAGGAUGGAGGGGUGUCUCUUCCAGUGGGGGCCCCGUUGCAGCCUUGCCAGCUGGGCUAGGUCCAGGUGCUCCAGCCACGGUCACCAGGAUCUACAGGUCCCUUUAUGGCCACUCACAAUGUGCACCCACAGCAGAGGGGAGGCAGCCUGUGAGGGAAAGGGGCCGCUGGGCCACAGGGUGGGACCUGUCCUGGACUCAGGCUCCAGCUUACCAGCAAUGUGACUGAGCACACAUCAUUUUCCACCCUGGAGCCAAAUAUUUUCUGCCUGAGACGCUGAGCAGGCCAGGAAGCACCUGCCACACCUUUGCCCAUGACGUCUGCCCAGCGCCCUGGGGCUGGGGUGAUGUCCUGAGCUGGCCCUCUCAGCAGCGUGGGGUGACCCCUGAAUCUCAUCCUCCCAGCGCCAAGGACAGUAGCAGGCAGAGUGCAGGGUGGGCAGACUCGAGCCUCCUUUACUGCUCA